AGUUGAUCCUGCAGCAGAGAAGGGGCAUAUAUUGCAAGAGACACUCAGCAGAGACUCCACAUUUUACACCAGUGCUGAUAAUUUCCAGCAAUACCCGAGGGUCAAAAACAAGAUAUAGGUGAAGAUGGUUAAGCAAACUGCCAGUGACAGCAUCCAUUACUUCAGUGAUAAGGCUGAUUAUUCUGUGUUCAACAAAGCAUGGAAGAAAAUAACAGGCCCUGCAGCUGAAAACCUCGGAAGUGUUUUCUUUGGAUCAAGUGUUGUGAUUCAGUUUGGAACCAUGGGUGAAGGAAGAGGAGAUAAAGAAAACCAAGCUAACAGGGAAGAAGUGGCUGACAGCAGAAAUAUAGUAAAUAAGCACUCUAUAAAUGUAGGUUUUUAUAAUCCAACACAGUCGUCGCUACAAGGAAAAGGAGAAGAGGGAGUGAAACCUCAGACAGUGACGGCAUCAAAGAUCAUUGUCAAAGGCUCAGAUGGAGAACUGAAGUGCAUCAAAGUUCUGAGAGCUUACAGGAUCGUCCUGCUUGGAGAAACCGGAGCUGGGAAAAGCACCCUUGGAAACUUUCUAUUUGGAGAAGAUGUGUUCAAACCUGGCAGAACAACUGAAUAUUAUCUUCACUCCAAAUCUGCCCAUGAAAGAAGAAUCACUGUGUUGGACACACCUGGUUUCUCUAAUGGUGACUUGAAGGAUGAUAUUGUUAGGUGUACCACAGAGUGCACUCCUGGGCCUCAUGUUUUCUUGAUUGUUCUGAAAAUGGAGGAAUCCUCUGAGCAAUUGUUGGCUGUCAUUAAGAAAAUCUUCCAGAGUUUCUCAGAGGAAGAAUUCAAAUAUGCAGCAGUUGUUUUUACACAUGUUCAUCAGGGAAUGGAAAUAAAAAAUUAUAUUAACCAGCAAAAAGAUCUUCAAGAUUUAGUUAAGAAGUGCAGUGACCGAUUCCUUGUUUUUGAUCAUAACAAAAGCUCAGAGGAGGACAAACAUUUUUUUCAGUCAGAGCUAAUAAACAUGAUAGAUAAGUUAGUGAUGGAAAAUAAAGGGGGGUGUUACACCCACAAAAUGAUCCAAGCACAUAAGACAGACAACAAAGAAACGGGUAACCCAAAAAACGACAAAGCUGACACUGAUGCCAGUAAGAGUUUGUGGAUAAACCUCUCAGGUCCUGAGGGGAACUUGGUGGCAAAAACUUUCUUUGGAUUAGCUGCUGAACAAGGAUCCCCUAUAACAACAUUGCUAGGAACAGCAACAGGAGCACCAAUAGGGGAUGGAGUAGGAACAGCAUUAACGGAAGGAGUAGGAGCAGGGGUAGGAGCAGCAAAAGGAGCAGAAAUAGCAAAAGGGGUAGAAGCAGCAAAAGGAGCAGAAAUAGCAACAGGAGUAGGAUCAGCAACAGUGGCAGAAAAAGCAACAGAGGUAGGAUCAGCAACAGGGGCAGACAUAGCAACAGGGGUAGGAUCAGAAACAGGGUCAGGGAUAGGAGCAGGAAUAGCAACAGGGUCUGAGGCGAUGCAGCCUCCACAACACAUCCACGUCGUCUACGAUGAGGUCCACCACCGUGGUGUCGUCUGCAGACUUUACAAUGUGACUGGUGGUGAACCUGGGGACGCAGUCAUGUGUCAUCAGGGUGAACUGCAGGGGGCUCAGAAUGCAGCCCUGAGGGGAGGCUGUGCUUAG